GUUGUAGCGACGUGCUGCCUAGAUAAGACAUUCCUUUGAGCCUCCCUCAUUUACUUCCACGUUGGCCGGCUGAACCUUUAUCAAUACAGCACUAUAAUUCUCUUUAUCUCUUUUCCCGUGUCUUAAUUCUUGCGUGUGAGAGAAACAAUGGCUCCAACUUCAUUAAUUUCUGCAGUUGCAAGAAGGCUAGAGGGGAAAGUGGCCCUAAUCACAGGGGGUGCUAGUGGGAUAGGUGCAUGCACCGCUAAAGUGUUCGCCCACCAUGGUGCCAAAGUAGUGAUUGCUGAUGUUCAAGAUGAAUUAGGCCAUUCUGUUAGUGAAUCCUUAGGCCCAUCAAACUCAACAUAUGUCCAUUGCAAUGUCACCGACGAGUCCCAUAUUAAAAUUGCUGUUGACAAAGCUGUUUCUACCUAUGGCAAGCUAGACAUUAUGUUUAACAAUGCAGGUAUUGUUGAUGUUAAUAAACCACGCAUAGUCGACAAUGAAAAAGCUGAUUUCGAACGUGUCCUUAGCGUUAAUGUCACCGGAGUUUUCCUUGGGAUCAAACACGCCGCCCGUGUCAUGAUUCCGUCGCGAUCCGGUAGCAUUAUUUCUACUGCUAGUGUGAGUUCGAGUGUGGGUGCUGCAGCCUCGCAUGCAUAUUGUUGCUCAAAACAUGCUGUUUUAGGUCUAACAAAAAAUGCUGCUGUUGAGCUUGGGCAAUUUGGCAUCAGGGUCAACUGUCUGUCGCCUUAUGCCCUCGCCACGCCUUUGGCGACCAAAUUUGUUGGCCUUGAUGAUCAGGGACUGGAGAAUUUGAUGAAUUCACUUGGUAACUUAAAGGGUGUCACCCUUAAGGCAGAGGAUGUCGCCAAUGCUGCACUUUAUCUAGCUAGUGAUGAGGGUAGGUAUAUUAGUGGGCAUAAUCUAUUAAUAGAUGGAGGAUUUACCAUUUACAACCCAUCAUUCCAAAUGUUCCAAUACCCAGAUUCCUGAAAAUAUUAUUUAUGAGAUAAUUAGUUUUUUUUUUUUUAA